AUGGGAAUAGUCGCGGGGGAUUGCGUGGAAACGAGCCGGAUUGAUUCAAUUUCUUACACCACCCAUACCACUACGAACCAGCUGGUUAGCAGCAACGAUUCCAACAAAAGCUACUUCAAAGCAAAAUCUGAUUUCGUGACAAAACCUAUACCACAAUCGGGGUUGGAGGGCGUAUGGGAGUUCUUGGGAGAGGAGCUUAGUAGUUUUAUUGUUUUGGCUCCGCUGGGAGGAAGAAUGUACGAGAUACCAUCGAUAGAGAUUCUGUUUCCCUACAGAGCAGGGUACUUUUACAACAUACAGUAUCAAGUUACCUGGACAGACAGCAGCAAGGAUUUAGCCUACAUGGAUUGGAUGCGAAGAUUUUACGAGUACAUGACUCCUUAUGUAACUGAAUCGCCCAGGGGUGCGUAUGUCAAUUAUAUAGAUCUCGACUUGGGCACAACCAUUAAUGGAAUAGCAAGCGUGGCAGAAGCAAGAAGCUGGGGUGACAAGUAUUUCGGAGGCAAUUUCGACAGACUGGUGAAGGUGAAGAUCAAAUUUGAUCCUAACAAUGUCUUCAGGAAUUCCCAGAGUAUUCCUAUGAACAAAUGA